AUGGCUUCUGCUUCGGACGAUACGUCUGAGAAUGCGGCAGCGAGCGAGCAGCCCGUCUCACUAACCCCAGCCCAAACAGUCCUCUACGACGUCUACCUCCUAGACACGAUCUUCUCCUUCCUCUCCUCCCCCGACAUAGUCUCUCUCGGCCGAACCUGCCGCACCGCCCUCACCGCCAAACGCUCCUACCUCCGCCGCGCCGAAGACGACAACCGGCGCAUAUCGCUCUUCUUCCCCUCCCGACCCGCCUUCCGCAAACUCCGCGGCAAGCUCGGUCUCACAACACCACGCACUCAGUCGUUCGACGAUGCCUAUCGCAGCAAUACGUACAGGCUGAUUGUGAAUCGCGCGCAUCUGCAUGAAUUGGGGACGUUCUUGGAGAGUGUGGGGUAUACGCUGAGAAGGGAUAGCAGGCUCGGACAACUGAAUCUGGAUCAGGUCGUGAGGCGUAUGCGGAUGCCUAUGAAUAUGGCCGAGGGGAGGUUGGACGGUGUACCGCCGCGAGCGAUCUUUGGGGAGUGGUUCUACGAUAGGAUUGUCAACGACGAGACCUUCACUGUCGUUCUGGACGUGAUGAGCCUCUCAAGAGGAAUCGAUCUGCUUCUCUGA